UUUCCCAUUGUUCCGUAUUCUGAUACGAUAAAAUCUAUGUACAAUUUUAGGAAUUUUUACCAAGGCGUGUGUUUAAAAUGUAAAAAUUGGAAUAUAGGGAAAAUUGCCAGUGCUGAAAUAUGUAAAUUGCUUGUUGAUAAAAAAUUGUUGUUUAUACGUUAAGACUAUCUUAAGAAGAUGGAUCGUAGUAAAUAUUGACAAAGUUGGAGAUCACUUAUUGGAAAUAAAAGUGACGUGUAAGGCAGUAGUAGCAGCAAACUCAGCUUUAAGAAAGGCAUUAAAGAAUUGUAUUUCAAGUAUUGUUUAUCAGGAAAUUUUGUUAUAGCAUGAAUAAAUAAGCUUAAAUAACGGGCGAACUACAUACAUGAAAAUUAUCUGUUCAAUUAAUUGUUUCUCUUAUAUGUAAUUGAUAAAACAUCUCCUCUAAUAUUGAAUUGUGCCUAAGUACCUACUGUUUACAAAAUAUAUUAUAGAUUGCUUAAUGAUCUUUAUAGAUAUAUUGUGGCAGUUGAUGACAUUCUGCAAUGGGGAAACUACUUUCUAAAAUUUUUGGUAACAAGGAAAUGCGGAUUCUGAUGCUUGGCCUAGAUGCAGCGGGGAAAACAACAAUUUUAUAUAAGCUGAAGUUGGGACAAUCCGUUACGACGAUUCCAACAGUAGGAUUUAACGUUGAGACUGUCACCUACAAAAAUGUGAAAUUCAAUGUGUGGGACGUGGGGGGCCAAGACAAGAUUCGACCUCUCUGGCGACAUUACUACACAGGCACACAGGGGUUGAUAUUUGUUGUUGAUUGUGCUGAUCGGGACCGAAUAGAUGAAGCUCGAACGGAACUUCAUAGAAUAAUUAAUGAUAGAGAAAUGAGGGACGCCAUUAUUCUAAUAUUUGCUAAUAAGCAGGAUCUUGCAGACGCAAUGAAACCACACGAAAUUCAGGAGAAACUAGGCUUAACUAGAAUAAGAGAUCGCAAUUGGUAUGUUCAACCAUCGUGUGCAACCACGGGAGAUGGGCUUUACGAAGGUUUAACAUGGCUUACUUCCAAUCAUAAAUUAUGAGAUAUCUUAAACACUAAUUAGAUAAUUCUAUAUAAGAUACACAUGCUUACCAUGCUUUUUAGCAAACGAACAACAACAGUAGCAAUAAGAAAAUUUUGUAAAUUAUAUUUAAUAAAUAAUUAGAAGGAAGUUUGUUUCAUUAUAUAUACGUUAAAAAUAUAAGUUACAUAAAUCAUAUAAUUUGUAAAUAUAUGUUUAAAUAAAUUUAAAUAUGAAAACAAAUAA